AGAUGUCGCCAGAGAAAUGCAAACUAUUGUCCGGACUGCGCCCAAGUAGACGUUUGCCUUGUGCAGGGCGGGAGUUGCCUGUGCAGUUGGGCGGGCGAGGCACAUCCCAACACAGCCUCGGGGCUUUUUUGUUCAAGUUUGCCUCAUCUGGAUAAUUAACAUGGUUGUGCGCUCAGCUUGGCACCAGCUGACUCCGCAGGACGCAGCUACAGGAAACCACCGGAGAGGAGACUUUGACGAUGAGGGAUUACGAUGAGAGCAUCGCUUUCCUGGGACAGUGGGGACGUUUCCAGCUGGUCGUCUUCUUCCUGCUCUGCUCCACCAUUGUUCCCAAUGGAUUUGGAGCCUUCACCCUCGUCUUCCUCACGGACAUGCCGAGCCACCACUGCCUGGUGCCUGAGGACAACCUCACAGAGGACUGGCGCAGAGCCACCAUACCAGUGGAGGUGGUGAAUGGGAAGGAGGAGCAGAGCAGAUGCAGCAGAUACAGGUUGGAUGUGGUCAGAAAUCUGUCGGCUCAGGGCUUCGUUCCUGGCAGGGACGUCAACCUCACCGACCUGGAGCAGGAGGUCUGUGUGGACGGGUGGAGCUACAGCACGGACACGUACACAUCCACUGUAGUCUCUGAGUUUAACCUGGUGUGCAGUGAAGAGUGGAAGCAGCCGUUAACCGCCACAGUCUAUUUCCUGGGAAGUCUGUGUGGAUCUUUCUUCUCCGGGCUGCUGUCAGACAGAUUUGGAAGGAAGCCUGUUCUGUUUGCCACCGUCGCACUUCAGACGGUUUUUACCUUCAUUCUCGUCUACUCUACCUCAUGGCUAAUGUUAACCAUCCUCCUCUUCAUCAAUGGUUUGGGACAGAUAUCAAACUUCGUAGCUGCUUUAGUGCUGGGAGCUGAGAUCUUCACCGGCAACGUGCGAGUCCUCUACUCAUCUUUAGGCACGUGUUUAGGUUUCACCCUCGGCUACAUGAUGCUGCCGGCCUUCGCUUACUUUAUUAGAGACUGGAGAUCUCUCACUCUGGCUUUGGCGCUGCCUGGCCUGCUCUACAUCCCCCACUGGUGGUUCAUCCCGGAGUCUCCUCGGUGGCUGCUCUCUCAGGGACGAGUGGAGGAGGCUGAAGCCAUCGUGAGAAAAGCUGCUAAAUGGAACAAGCUGCAGGCUCCUCCCGUCAUCUUUGAGACUUGCAGUGAUGAUGAGGAUAAGACAGAGGUGAAAGAAAGCCACGGUUUCUUCGACCUGCUGAGGACGUGCAACAUCGGAAUCACAACAAUCCUUCUCUGCUGGGUAUCGUUCACCAUGAUGACCGGAUACUUCGGCCUGUCCUUCAGCACGGCCCAGCUCCACGAUGACCCCUACAUCAGCUGCUUCAUCUCAGCAGCCAUAGAGGUUCCUGGGUACAUCACCAGCUGGGUGGCGCUGCGAUAUUAUCCACGACGAUCAGCUUUGAUCUGCAUCCUGCUCAUUGGAUCAGUGCCACUGUUACUCAUUCAAUUUAUACCUGAAACUCUACCGCACAUGUCUCUUGCUCUGGAGAUAUUGGGUAAAUACGCUCUCACCGCUGGCGUCUCCAUGAUAUUUACCUACACCUCGGAGCUCUACCCAACGCCGCUCAGGAACACGGCCACAGGAACAACAUCCACUAUCUCCAGAGUGGGGGCCUGCUUCGCGCCGUUUUUGUUGACGCUGAGGAGCUACCUGAAGGGCCUUCCUCAUAUUGUGAUGGGGUCUCUGUGUGUUGUCUCGAUCUUUGCCACCCUCUUCCUCCCCGAGAGUUUCGGACGACCUCUACCCGAAACCAUUCAAGAGAUGCACAAAAGAGAAAGGAUACGGUGUCCAUGCAUCAGUGGGGGGGAACAAAACGUCCACGUGCACUACCAGGACAGUCUAAUAUGAUUAUCAAGUGUUUUAUUUAUCUACAGGGAUUUUCCUCUGUAUCAAUAUCUCAAAUCACCUUGAAAAUGUUACACAACAGUUCCAACCAAGGGCAGGCAGGUCGGAGCAGGACGACCCGUCGGGUGGAGCAGCCGUCUGCCUCGAUUUGGAGCAGAGAAAUAUUUAGAGUAUGGAAUUGAAAAGGUUCAAUGAGCUCUUUAAAAAAUGUUGUACACAGGAUUUCAAAUACUAAAUGCAGAGAAGCCUAGAGUGGAGAGAUGUGAUGUUCCUGUCAGUGUUCCUGCUGCACAGUAUGGAUCACCUCUGACCUUUCGGGACCUUCCUGAUAAUAGAGAAUUGCAGUAGUCCAAUCUACAGGGAACAGAUGUUUCUACUCGUUUUUCAGCAUCAAUCUAAAACAGGGUAUUUUUGAAACCCCAGCAGAAGAAUGUGACAUUGAAAGAAGUUGAUUUAUACAUCUUUGUAAAUUGAUUAUAUAAAUUAGGUUUCCAUUUCAAGAAAUGUAACAGAAUAUGUUUUUCAUUUUACAUAAAUAAACAACUGAAAAUCAA